AUGACGACUGGUUGGAGAUGUAUGAUUACUUGGUGGGGCGCUGGCUUGGCCAUAGUGACACUCCUUCUCGCCAGGUCGCUCCAUCGCGUCAUUGGCAAAAUCUGUCGACCCCGUGAGGGGAAUCGCUCUGGCACACUGGAAAUUCUCUCCGGCAAAGAUAACGCCAAAUUCGAGAUCAUCGCCGUCCCUGGCCUAGGUGCACAUCCAUAUCACACAUGGGAGGCUACUCGGAAAACCCAAGCAUCAAACGCAACUGAAUGUCAAACCACACAGUCCCGGAAGGUUCACCUACUUAAGGAUCUCCUCGCGCACGACUUUCCUGACGCCAGGAUCUGGAAUUUUGCUCAUGAAUCUAAUUGGCUGAUUGACGCCCCUAUCAAGACCACUGAGGAGAUUGGCAAAUGCCUGCUUAAGGCGAUCAAGGACAAGCGACCAUCCGCCCACCUCCCUAUCAUUUUCAUUGGCCACAGCCUAGGUGGUAUUAUUAUUAAGCAGGCUCUUUGCACGAGUGACUCCCAAGACAUCGUUGAUGAUACCGCGGGUAUUGUAUUCCUCGGAACGCCGCAUCAAGGUUCAUCAGUGUCUAUUGCUGGCGCUGUGCUGGCCGCUCUGACAGGUUUCCUGGGAUCAGACACGACACUGCUCCUAUCUCUAAAAAAUCAUGGGGCGCAGCUUAGCAACCUUGCGGAUUUAUUCGACUCUCGUAUAGCCCCGAACGGACCUCGACAGCGCAAAAUCCCGAUCACGUCAUUCUACGAGACUAAGAAAACGUAUUUAUUCGGGCUAUCACUAGGCCUCGUGGUUUCGCGGGAUUCUGCCAAGGUCCACGCCGAUGCCUGUGAGAGCCACAGCAUCGAAACAGAUCAUUCUGGGCUCAACAAGUGCGGCGGGCUGACUGAUACGCUGUUUGCGGCCCUGACAGCGGCGAUACGACGCCUGAAGACCCCCUCGCUGCUCGAGCAAGCCGACACAUGGAUACGCGACAAACACUACACAGCAAACAGGCUCAGGAUCGAACGGCUCUCGGGGAAGUCACUGUCUAUAGAUCAGUGCUACAUUAAUCUGGCUCUCGUGGAACAAUCUGGCCAAGACGCAGGUCACUCAGAAAAGGGGGGCAUGGCGCCGUCCCCAUUCUCCAUUCUCUCUCGGCAGAAGGUUGAGACACCCGACGAGACUAUGCAAGUCGAGUUGGCAGCACUUUUCAACAAACGCAACGGAAGCGACGGCCGACCGGUUCUCCCACGACGAAUCUUGAUUCGGGGACGUGCGGGCGUUGGCAAGACUACUCUAUGUAAAAAGAUCAUCCACGAAUUUUACAAAGGCACGUGGGACAAAUGGAGCGAAUUAUUCGACCGCGUGCUUUGGGUACCUCUAAGAAACCUAAAGCUACCGGAAAGACAGAAUAAAUCAAGGUACACCCUUGAACAUCUUUUCCGUCAUGAGUUUUUGCUGCCCAAGAAUGAACCGAAUCUCGCUGGAGCGUUAUUCCGCGCAUUAAAUAUUGAAAGCAGCAAGACUCUAUUUCUCCUCGACGGCCUAGACGAAGUAUCGCAGGACCUCACAGGCGAAGGUAGUAUGCCCCGCUUUCUCGACCAGCUUCUACGGCAGCCUCAUGUCAUCAUCACAUCCCGCCCAUCUGCUAAGCCUGUGCCGAAUCUGGACCUGGAGUUGGAAACAAUUGGAUUCAGCCCGGAUCAGGUGAAGGAGUAUAUCGAAAAAUCCUUCACGGAGCGCAACACGGCUGAAAUUGAUCAGGCAAAAGUUGACAAAGUACAAUCGUUCCUGCGAAAGCAUUGGCUCAUCCAGGGUCUUGCACGCAUCCCAAUCCAGUUGGACGCCCUCUGUUACACGUGGGAUGGCCUGAUACCUGAUGCUGUACUGAGUACCAUGACUUGCGUGUACAAAGAAAUUGAGUUGAAGUUGUGGAAAAAAGACAUUUUGCGACUGGAGAAGAAACACGACGGCAAGGUUUUAACAGAGGAGGAAAUAAAACUCGCGGGAAGUCUGGGGAUUCAAGACUUUGUCAUGAACGAGGCGAAUUUUCUCGAGUGCCUAGCGUUUACUGGGCUGCACAAUGAUAUAAUCGAUUUCAAGUCAAAUCAACUCGACGAUGUAGUGAAGGCUUUUGGCGUACGGCUCUUUCCGCAGAAGAGCUUGCCUAAACUCUCCUUCCUACGAACCUCGGACCCCUUAUCGGAAUAUCGCAAUCGAAAUUACCACUUUAUACAUCUGACAUUUCAAGAAUACUUUGCGGCACGGUAUUUUGUACGGCAGUGGAAGCACCGGGCAGGACAACUCCUCUUUGUUACAUUAGGCAUUAAGGGCACAGAGAGGAGAGCAGGUGCUACAGAGUUCCUACGAAAACACAAAUACACAGCACGCUACGACGUCUUUUGGCGCUUUGUUGCCGGUUUGCUGGACGGAAGUGAGCAGGCGCUAAAGCUCAUCAAUACAGUCGAGGAGGAACCGCUGGACCUCUUGGGUCCUACGCAUCAGCGGCUGGUCAUGCAUUGUUUGAGCGAAAUAUCGGGCAAUCUGCCUAAGCGGGCCGCCCUGGAGAAACGGCUGGCGCAGUGGCUGUUGUUCGAAUGCAGAUUUAACCACAGCGCGAGGCUAGCAAGUGAGGUUGAAUUUCCCGAAGCAGCUCUGAAGACUGCCCUACUUUCCGAAGCUAGUGAUACCCAGGCAAUAAUUCUGCAGUCGCUAGCCAAUCGAGCCUUGAUUCCGCCAAGUGUCCUCGAACUGGUGGCGAAGUGGCUGGAUGACGAAGACUGGAACGUACGAAAGGCGGCCGUCGGGGUCUUGAGGUCAGCGCUGCCUGACGAGGUGCUGGCGGCGGUGGCGCGGCGACUUGACGACGAGGACUUGAUUGUACGACAGGUCGCCAUCACGGCCCUAGGCGGGAGGUCAGCGCUACCUGACAAGGUGCUAGUAGCAGUGGCGGCACGGCUUGAAGAUGAGGAAUUGGACGUGCGAGGAACCGCUAUUGAGGCCCUAGGUUGGAGGUCGACGGUGCCUGACGAGGUGCUGACGGCAGUGGCGGAGCGGCUUGACGACGAUGACUUUAAAGUACGAAGGGCCGCCGUGAUGUCGCUGCCUGAUGAAGUGCUUGUGGCGCUAGUGGAGCGGCCAGACCAUAGGCACUCAGACGUGCGAGAGACCGCCAUUCAGGCCUUAGGCGGGAGGUUGGCGCUGCCUGACGAGGUGCUGGCGGUAGUAGUCAGGCAGCUCAAUGAUAAGAACGAGGGCGUACGAAGGGCCGCCGUUGAGGUUAUAGGUCAGGGGUUAGCACUAUCUGAAAAAGUGCUAGACGUAGUAGCGGAACGGCUUGAUGAUGAGGACUUAAAAGUGCGAUGGCUCGCCGUUAAGCUCCUAGGUGGAAGGUUAGCUUUACCUAGUAAGGUACUAGCGGCGGUAGCGAGACGGGUUGACGAUGAGAACCCAGAAAUACGAGAGGCCGCUAUUGCGGCCCUAGGCAGGAGGUCAGAACUAUCUAACGAGGUGGUGGAAGUAGUUGCGGCGCGGAUUCACGAUAAGGACUUGAACGUGCGAGAGACUGCUAUUGAGGCCCUAGGCGGGAGGUCAGCGCUACCUGAUAAGGUGCUAAAGGCAGUGGUAGGAGAUUAG